CUCUAUGAAGGUCUUAAUCACAGCGUUUAAGUUCCCACCUGUGGCCCGUCCCUUAACAGCCUUGGAUUCUCGCAGCUGUCACAACAAUUUUGACAAGGAGCAGCAAAAAGAUUCUGAAACUUCGUGAAGUGUUUUAAUUCGAUGAGCCGGACCCAACUUUCCGGAGCAAAGACAUGGUCCAUUCAUGCGGUGUUCCAAUUCUCUUUUGGUGCUCUAGCGCUGCGAUAAGGAGUCGCUGGGUUCACUGGCUGAAACUUGUAGGACCAGUCGCCUCCAGUCCCUCGGUAGCUGCAGAUUAUUUACCCAGCCUCCCGCUGAGGUCUUGGAUAGGGUCGAUCUCAUGUUCCGAUUCUCUUCUGGUAAUGCUGCGGAUAGAGUGUUCGUGCCUCAUGAUCCGUUUCGUCGCCCCUUCGCCCAUUUGUCCCGAUUUUUUUUGGUGCAAGGUUAGGUUAUCGUGGUAAUGUGAACUCGCCUCCGCCAUCGAAAAUUCAGUAUUUUAUCCCACCAGAUAUUCCUAGCUAGUCAGUUGAUCUUCCCCCCU